AUGGGAGGUGUUUUCUCCAGCAUAAAACAUGUUUAUGUCGAUCUGAGCGCCGUGAUCUCUGAAAUCAGCCAAACUAAACAAUCUUUUGACGCGCUGCUUUCUCGGGUCUCGACUUCAAUACUUCCUGUGCCAAAUCCAUCCAAAUCCUUUUGGCAAGAACACCCGCCGUUUCCGAACUUAGUUGAUAUCCAAUCUCCGAAUCUGCCAGCGACAGCGGAUAUUGUCAUCAUCGGGUCCGGUAUCUCAGGCGCCAGUGUGGCAUAUGCACUCUUCAAGCAGUCGCACAAAAGUGCAAACUCCGUCUCUCCUCCGAAAGUUGUGGUUUUAGAAGCGCGGAAUCUUUGCAGCGGCGCGACCGGAAGAAAUGGAGGCCAUAUCAAGUGUUCACCAUAUCUGGAAUACGCUGGACUGAGGACGAGAUUUGGGGUGACGAAUGCAAAGAAAUUACUCACAUUUCAGAGACGACAUCUGGCCGUCAUACUUGAUCUGGUACAGAAGACCGAAAAACUGAAAAUUAGUGAGGCCAGAGAAGUUCAGACAGUGGAUACUUUUACCGAUGAAAAGAUGUGGAACGAUGCUAAGAGAAUGGUGCAAGAGUUGAGACAGGAUGUUCCUGACAUGGCGGAGGAUAUCGUGGUUCAUGAGGGCAUCGGAGCAUGCGAAGAACUUGGGAUCGACCCUCAACACUGCUAUGGCAUCAUAACCUACAAGGCUGGAGCGCUGUGGCCAUAUCGCUUUGUGACAGCCCUCUAUGAAUCCCUUCUCUCAGCAUACAGCUCUACUUUUUCUAUUGAGACCAACACUCCUGCAACUGAAAUACAAGUGAAUUCAGAUGAUCCUAGGCGACCAUUUACUAUUCAUACACCCCGGGGACAAAUUACUGCAACCCAUGUCGUCCAUGCGACAGACGCAUUUGCAGCGAACCUUUUGCCGGGAUUGAAGGGCAAGAUCUUCCCUGUCCGAGGACAUAUGACAGCGCAAGAACCUGGGACUUUGUUUCCAAAGCUUGACGGUUCCAGGUCAUGGAGCUUCAUCCACAAACGCGGCUUCGACUAUAUCACCCAACGCCCGGGGACGGGCGGUGCACUCAUGGCAGGUGGUGGCGUGGUUCAAUCACCAGAAAAGGGAAUGGAUGAAUUCGGGAUUUGGAGAGAUGAUAAAAGCAGCUACUCCAUCAGCGCCUAUCUUCAUGGUCUCUUGCCCACGAUCUUCGGAGCACACAACUGGGGUCCUGAUAACGGUACUAGGAUAAAAAUGGCCUGGACUGGUUGUAUGGGAUUCACGCCAGACCUCCUGCCUUAUGUUGGCAUUCUAGACCCAGAAUUCACCCAGCGCAUAGCACCACGCUCAGCAAAAGAAGGAAAGCAGCCCGCGGAAUGGAUCUCAGCAGGGUUUCAGGGAGAGGGAAUGGUCCUAGCAUGGCUAUCUGGCAUCGCGGUCGGAUUGAUGUUAGUUGGAGGUGAGGACGAAGUCUUCGAAGAGGCCCCAGGGGUACCGGGUGGGAAAAUUAGCGAGUGGCUGCCUCCAGAGCUUGUCUGCACCAAGCGAAGGGUGGACCGUUCAAGCGUGUCUGACCUCGCAAUGCUUCUCUAA